AUCGAUCGAUUACAUAGGAUACAUGCGUGGGUUUCCUCCUCGGCGGAAUCGGACAACUGGAUAAACACCGAAAAUCCAAUUCUUCGUUGUCGACAAGACCACGAACAUCGAGGAAAUUGAGAAUGCUUUCCAGCGAUUCGUGAAGAGGGACGACGUCGGCAUCAUUCUCAUCAAUCAACAGGUGGCAGAAGUGAUUAGGAACGUGAUCGACAGGCAUAUGUCUCCCAUCCCGGCAGUGUUGGAGAUCCCUUCAAAAGACUACCCUUAUGACCCAAGCAAGGAUUCCAUUCUACGACGAGCCAAGGGAAUGUACACGACCGAAGACUUCCGCUAAUGAUCCUUCACUUCAGCCGUUAUAUAGUCCAUUCCACGCCAACAUAUAAUCUCAGUC